AUGAAUCAAUCAAGUUUAAUUUCAUCAUCAACGAUAGAAUCAACCAAUUCCAGUAGUGGAACGUUGAAGGAUACAGUUGAUUCGAUUCGUCUUAAAAAGAAUGCAUCGCGCAAUUCCUUAGCAAGUAUUGACUGGAAUGUCGAAACAUCAGAUUCUGCUAUUGAUUUCGAUAUCGAAAGCCUUGACAAACAAUUUCAACAACUAUCGUUGGACUUUAAACACAGCAUGCAAGACCUACGCAAUGAUCCACAUAAUGAAACGAUACGCAAGAAAGUUAAAGCAACUAUGGAAGAUCUAUCGCGUAUUAAAACAUGGUCGUCUUUACUAAAGACAGAGGAGGGAUUUGCUAUUGUUAAAGAAGCGAUGUUACAACGGCGUAGAAACGAAGUUAAUCAACGGAAAUAUGAAAUUGAUGAAGUUCUUAAGUUAACCAAAGCUCAAUCGACUGUUGAUGUUUGUUUCCUAAUGGAUUGUACCGGUAGCAUGGGAUGCUAUAUUGAUGCAACCAAAACACAAAUUGGUCAACUUACCGAUACAAUCAGUAAAUUAUAUGAUACAACACCUCGUCUGGCCUUUAUUGGAUAUCGUGAUAUCGAUGAAAGCAUUGAACAACUCGAUUUUACUGAUGAUGUCGAUGCGUUUAAAAUGUUUUUGAAUCAAGUAAAAGCAACAGGUGGUCAUGAUACGUGUGAAGACGUGUUUAGCGGAUUAGAAAUCAUUCCAACACUUACAUGGUCCAAUUCCAAUCGUCUAUUGAUUCAUAUAUGCGAUGCCCCUUGUCAUGGACGUGAUUAUUAUAAAUCACAAGAUUCAAUAAGUGAUACAUAUCCCAAGGGUGAUCCGAAGAAUCGAGAACUUUCAAAACUGUUAUUGGACAUUAAACGGUUAAAAGUUACAUAUUGUACUAUUCAACUAAAUGAUUUCACCAAGCAAAUGUUCGAUGAAUUUAGUUUCAUAUAUGGAACAAUAUCCGAAAUUCAUGUGGAAAAUCCAGCAGCUAUGAUAAAACGAGUUUGUCAAGAGACAAGUGACAUCAUCAUGAGUUCUAUCAAGUCAACGAUGUCGUCUUUCCGUUCGGCAAAUAAGCAGACAAAGCCUUACACACUCUUGGGUAAAGAGCCGGACUGGAGUACGGUAGACAUAUUUGAAGUACACACCAUCGAAGUCAUUCCACCAUUGAAAAUGGAGGACCUAUUUCGUUCUUUGUUUAUUGGAAGAGGUAGCGGUAAGAUAAAAAUUGCACCUCAUCCUUUCGCACAAGGCUCACUGCGUUUUGCGUUUUAUGGUCAACUUGCAAGCGAUGGGUAUGAGAUGAUGGACGUUGUUUUUAAAGAAUUUAGUAGUUCUUCAUCAUAUGAUAAUCAACUAGAAGUUUAUCAAGAGCAUCUCGAGAUACAAGCGAUUGCAAAGUUUUUAGCUGAACAAUUCAAUGAUGAAUUAAAACGUAUCAUUAAAAAACCAAUCACAGUUGUUUACGCUGAUGCUGACCUUGUUCAAGUGAAAAGUGAUGAAUCGAAAGUUUAUCAAGUAGAAGCGCGUAUGCAUCAGGAUUGGCAUAAAUGGAAUAAUAACAGUGGUGGAGUCUCCGUUACAGAAUAUUCAACAGUUUUACAAGCAUUUUCACAUUGGACUCAUCAUAUUACAGCAGCUCGUCUAAUGGUCGUAGAUCUACAAGGUGUGAAAGUUGACAAUGCUUACUUACUAACUGAUCCAGCUAUUCACUGUGAUGAUUUAUUACGAUUUAAACACACACGUACAAAUUUUGGAGUCAAAGGCAUGCGUGAAUUUUUCCGUACGCAUAUAUGCAGUGAAGUAUGUUCGUUGCUUCAACUGCCGUUGCACGAAACGGAGCUAUCUUCGUCUUUAAACAAUAGUAACAAUGGAUUGGAAAGUUUUAUAGUGUUAAAUUCUAUUGAUGAAUUAGACGAAAAGACUGCUAUUGUUGAAACCUAUCCUGCGACUACCAAAGACUACUUUGUAACAAAGACAUUUGAAUACGUAGAAUGA